AAAAGCAGCAGGUUCGGACUUCUCAGGGCCAAAUUCAGAGCCUGUCACCAGGAAGGGUGAGUCUGAGCCUGAAAGCCUGUGAGGGAUGAGAACCAAAGGCUGCAGGACGAUUCAGUGCCUGAAGGUGAGCAUGGGACAUCAAGAGAAGACUGGAAGAGAUGAGGAGCUUAUUUGCGGUUCAGCAGAGAACAGCCGGGCCCUGCAGGAGCCCACGCUGAGGCUCAUCCUGGUGGGGAAGACUGGAGCGGGCAAGAGCGCCACCGGGAACAGCAUCCUGGGCCAGCGGCGCUUCCUCUCCAGGCUCGGAGCCACGUCUGUGACCAAAGCCUGCGCAGUUGGGGUCCGGUGUUGGGAAAACCGGCGGGUAGAAAUCAUAGACACUCCGGACAUUUUCAGUUGUGAAAUCCCCGAGGCAGAGCCCGAGUGCGAGGAGAGAGGUCGCUGCUACCUGCUCUCCGCCCCGGGGCCCCACGCGCUGCUGCUGGUGACCCAGCUGGGCAGGUUCACCGCCCAGGACCAGCAGGCGGUGAGGACUGUGAGGGUGAUGUUUGGGGAGGGCGUCCUGGAGCGCAUGGUCAUCAUCUUCACCAGGAAGGAGGACCUGGCCCGCGGCUCCCUGCAGGAUUAUGUGCAUGGCACGGAGAACCGCGCCCUGCAGGAGCUGGUGGCCAAGUGUGGGGGCCGAGUCUGUGCCUUUGACAACCGAGCCAGUGGCCAGGAGCAGGAGGCCCAGGUAGAGGAGCUGCUGGGGCUGGUGGGGACCCUGGUCAGGGAGAACGGGGGCACGCACUACACCAACGAUGUGUACUGCCUGGCGCAGGCCCUGCACUGGGCCUACCCGGAGGAGCGGCUCCGGAGGGUGGCGGAGAGGGUGGCAGCCCGCAUACGCGGGGCCCAGGGGUCCUGGCUGCUGGCCCGGCUGUGGGAGUGGCACAAGUGGCACAAGUCCCACGGGAGCGGCUGGUGGAUGCGCGUGCUCCUCCUUCUGGGGGGCGCGCUCCUGCUCUACCAGCUGUUCUGGAGGGGCCGGCGUGAGGGCUUUCCUGAGGUCAGACCCAGCUGACCUUGUAAGCGUGACCCUGACCCAUCAAUGCACUAUUGAUGUGACUGCGGCUCCUAGAGUUCUGCGUCUGAGCUCACAGACUCCCUGCCCUCACCUGAUCCUAACCAGCCAACUGGUGAGUCUGCAAGCACCCACCCCUUACCAAACCUUCCCUGCUCUCCACCACUGGGCCCAGGGACCAAAAACCCAGCCAGAGGCUCUCCCCUUGCAGGAGCAAAAUCACCAC